UAAUGUAUUUUUCAUGUCGCGCGACCGGUAAGCACUAGGAACCACGAGUGUCGCGGAAAAGUUGUACAAAUUAGGAAAUUCAACUCUCGUGAUCAAUUGCGCAAGAGUACCGAUAAAGUGCUUAACAAGUAUUGGGUAUUGGCGCUAGAAAGGAGUUAACCGUUUUUAAAAGAUCAUAGGAUAUUCGUCUCAGAUUCUCAAGAGUUAAUAUUAAGGGAAGAAAUAUUAAUACUCUCAUGAUCCACAAGCACCCAGGAUUAAAAAUUAUCCAGUAAAAAAUACGCCUCCUGCAGACGCCAGCAGGCGGCGCAUAUCAUUCACCUAACGUUAGGCAACGUACGAUUCUACGCAAUCGUAGCUCUGCUGUCAAAACACAGCCACGUGUGACGUGCCGGUGUUUGCACCACUUGAAGCAUCCAGCAGAAACCACUAAUCCAUAAAACUCUUGGGAAAGUUCAUUGCCAAAAACAAAAGGGCUUUGAUACCAGAAACGGAGUUCCGAAAGAGUAAGGAAGUUCAAGUGGUGAUAAGGAGGCAACACCAGCACAAUGUCAUCAUCUCAGAGAAGACAGAUAAUGCAGCCAUGGCCCCUCUGUGUGAUGCCUUUUUCAAAAUCGAAGGAGCGAGCGAUCCUGCCAAAUUACAAGAGGGUGCCUUUGAUUCCAUCACGAUCAUCUACUGCGAGUUCGAACCUGGGCCUGGACUGUGCCUCGAAUACAACCCUCUUGACGAACGUGAGUCCAUUCAACAGCCAAAUUACUCUACUUGUCGACCAAAAAAAAUCGACGAGCAAUGAGAAUCAAAAACCUAAUCACUAUUAUGCGGAGAACCUGAGGAACAAUCAUCAAAACGCGCUUAAUAGGUCGCAGAUCUAUGACCCCCUCGGUAAAGAAUUAGGUCCAGACUAUAAACAAAUAGAUCCACUUUUAAAGAGCCAACAACGUCCAGUCACCAAAAAGAUCAUGGAUUUAGAAAACCCCAAGGAUAAGGUAUCUUUCCAGUUCGGAAAGGAUCACAAAAUCAGUGUAUCGACAAAAUAUGCCUCACAGGAACAACAUUGGAGAGUCUCCAUCUUUAUUCGGAAAAUACACCGUUUAUUAGCAAAAAAUACCAAAAUUCGAUUUAAGAAAAGUUAAACAU